UCUAUGGACAGACCUUCAAUGUGUAAACAAAUAGAAAAUGAAUAGGAAAACACAGGAACAGAUAAUCUGACAGCCCUCCAAAUCCAAUCCCAAUCCCAAGUCAAGUCAAGUCAAGUCAAACAUACAAGAGUCGGUAAAACAUACUACAGAUCAAAUCGUCACCACAACUUCCUGCCCGCUCGGUUCAUCGAGGAGUGAGGGAGGCUCGUUCGUUCCAGGUCAACAACAACAACAACAACAACAACAACAACAACAACCAUUCACGACGACGGGACGACCAUGAGCGAGACCCGCCCUCCGACUCUGAAGGCGGGCCGGGGGUGGGAUGCGGCCCAAGCGGCCGUGAAUCGCAAACGUAGCGCGAUUCGCAACGUGACGGCCUCGUCGGAUUGGUCGUGGGAGGACGAGAUGCUCAUGUACGACGUGUGUCAUCGGGACACCAAGAAAGCCGCCCGCCGUCACCACCACGCCCACCACCCAGAGGAGGCCACGCCCCACGCCGCCGCCGCCGCCGCUGCCGCUGAGCGAAAACGCCUCCAAAAGGAGAAGCACCUGGAGACGCUGUACGCGCAAGAGUGCCGGAAGCUCUUUGUGGGCGGAUUGUCCAAAGACACAGUGGAGAAGGACCUCCGGAAGCACUUCACUCCCUUCGGACACCUCCUGGAUGUGCGAGUGAUGCGGGAUCGAGAGCGAGGCACUUCCCGGGGAUUCGGGUUCGUCACAUUCGCGUGCUCGUUUAUGGCCGAAGCCGCCAUGAACGAGCCGGCCAGUGAGCACGUCAUCAACGAUCAGAGGAUCGAGCUCAAGCUGGCCAAGCCCAAUGCGCCCCGAUUCAAGCAGACCCUGCCACAAUUGGCGGCACAAUUGGAGGACGAGUGCCAGAACAAGCGCAGCAUCUUCGUGGGCGCCUUGAAGGACACCAUCACGGAGGAGGACCUUGUGGAGUACUUCUCCGUGUUUGGGAAGGUGAUUCGGGCCAUCAAGCACACGGACCGCGCCUCGGGCACGAAGAAGACCUUCGGCUUCGUGGACUUUGCUGAGUUCGGCGUCGUCCGCCAGGUCAUGAACUGCACCAAGCACUUCAUUCAAGGCCAGCGGAUCCGGGUCGAGUUGUCCCGCCCACGGAUCGAGUUCAGUCAUCAGACCAAGACCGUGUUCGUGGGCGGGCUCGAGGACGGGAUCGAUGACCCGGAACUGACCAAGUACUUCAGUGAGUUUGGCUUCGUCACCCGCGCUCUUCGCAUUCCCAACAAGGACGAGCCCAAGCGGAAGUACGGCUUUGUCGACUUUGACGCUUAUGACGCCGUGGAUAUCGUGGUGAGUCAGCGCGAGCACUACAUCAAUGGCCAUCGGGUGCGGGUGGAGUUGGCCUUACCCAUGAUCAACGACUCCUUAUAUGAAAAGGACAUUGUGGCGCCCACCGAGACUUGGCUGGAAAAGGUCCAACGGAAACUGCAGUAUGCCGUGCCGGAUCAGGGUACCUGGGGCGAGACCCUCAACAACUACGAGAUCUUCGUUCAAAGCGGCUCGGACGUGACCACGGUGCAGUUCAAGCUGCAGCGGGGCCUCCUCGAAUAUGUGGUGGGCAUGGGCGGGAAAGUGGUGGAAGAGAUCGCCAACGACUCCAACACGCGGAUCGUGCUCGACAAGCCCAAAUUGGGCGCUAAGCACGUGGUGUUCUCGAUUACUGGCCAGAAAACCGACGUGAGCUGCGCCCAGUACAUCUUCCAACAGAUCGUCAAAUCUAACGUGGACAAACUCAACACUGUCAGACCCAUCACCAACAGUUAGCAUAGAGUUGCCGCUCGCUCUCUCUGCUCUAAGAUUAUUAUAUUUAUUGUCCGGAGUCCGGAAAGCAACGGGAUGGGUGGAGAGUGGUACCUUCAUUUCUCAUUUGCAGAGGUCGGAUUUGAAAGUGAAAGUUAUUGAGUCAUGCAAAUGUCUUGUUUUGGUGAUUAAUAUAAUUUUAUUAAUAUUUGGA